GGAAAUGGCUGGAGGCAUCCGAGGGCCUGAACGGAGGAUCAUCCUUAUUGGCACACCCGGAAAUGGGAAAAGUGCGACGGGAAACACAAUUCUGGGAAGGCCCGUCUUUGAAAGCAGCUCAGUCACCCAAGGUUGCCAAAAGGGGGAGACGUGGCUGAAGGGCAGGAAGAUUGUGGUCGUGGAUAUCCCCAGCUUCAUUGAUACGAUAGGGUAUUGGAAUCCACUGCUUUUCACUAGUUACGUUUUAACCGAAAUUACGAAGUCUGUCCAGUUGUGCUCCCCAGGUCCCCACGUAAUUCUGUGGGUCAUUCGUCCUUUGCGUUUCCCCCAGGAGUACCGGGACACUGCUCAGCUGAUCAAAAAUAUAUUCAGCGGUCAAGGCAAGAAUUACAUGAUCAUCUUGUUCACUCACACAGAAGACCUGGAAGGGAAGACUCUCGAGAGAUUCAUAUCCGAGAGAGACCCCUUUCUUAGGGAUCUAGUGUCCCAGUGUGGGAACCAGGUUCUGGCUUUCGACAACAAGGCCGAAGGAGAAGAGCGGGAGGCUCAGGUGGCCCAACUGAUGACCAUGAUUGAUGACCUGGUGAAGAAGAACAGAGAUGCUCCUUGUUACACGGAAGACAUAAUCAAAGCAGAUGCAGAGAACUGGCGAAAGUGA